AUGGUUUUUGCCAUAAAUGAAAUAAAUCAAACACCAGAAUUAUUACCCAAUGUCACACUGGGAUUCCACAUCUUUGACACCUGCUUCUCUGAAACACGAGCACUGGAGGCUGGUAUGUGGCUAUCAUCAGGACAAAACAACUCUGUUCCAAACUACUACUGUCUGUCCCGGUCAGUAAUCCCUGCAAUUGUUGGAGAUGGCCCUCCAGCAUGCUCGGUUCCAGUUGCUAGUGUCCUUGGCCUGUAUAAAUUCCCACAGAUCAGCCAUGGUUCAACUCUUCCUACAGUCAGAGAUAAGACGCAAGUUCCUUCAUUUCUUGCAGUUGUCCCAAACAGUAAGUACCAGUCUAUUGGAAUUGCCCGAAUGCUAAUUCACUUUGGCUGGAGAUGGAUUGGAAUUGUUGCCUCUGAUAAUGACUAUGGCAUUGAAGGAAGUCUGGAUCUUAAACAGGAGUUUCUCAGUUCAGGGGGGUGUGUGGCUUUUCUUGAUAUUAUUCCCAUUCACAACUCCAUUGAACAGACAAAGAAAAUUGCUGAGAUUAUUGAAAAAUCCACAGUAACUGUAGUUGUUUUAUUUUCUACCACUGAAAAAAUCAGUCCACUGAUAGAAGAGCUAUUUCUACUAAAUGUUUCUGGAAAAGUAUGGAUUACAACAGUUUCAUGGCCCAGUGGUGAGGAUUUUUAUAGCACUAAGGUUCAAAAAAUGGCAAAUGGCACACUAGCAUUUAUAUAUCACAGGGGUCAAAUUAAUGGACUGAAAGAAUUCCUUCACAGCAUCCACCCUUUGACUUCACCAAAUGAUAUUUUCAUUACAUCUUUGUGGGAGAAAGCAUUUAACUGCAAGUGGAAAGACCUCAGCACCAUUCCUGACACAAAACAAAUACAGACUGGGGAAAAUGAAUCACUUUGCACAGGGAAAGAAAUGUUAAGCUCUCUGGAUAAUACUGUGUAUGAUGUCAUUAAUUUUAGAUACACAUACAAUGUCUAUAAUUCAGCAUAUGUACUGGCUCAUGCUCUUCACAGUCUUUUCUCCUGUAUGCCUUCUAGAGGACCCUUUAUUAAUGGCUCCUGUGCUAAUAUGAAAGAGAUUCAGCCAUGGCAACUUUUCCAUUAUGUAAAGAAUACACACUUUAAGAAUCGAGCUGGAGAUGAGAUAUUUUUUAAUGAAGAUGGUGAAGGCCGUGCUCGAUAUGACAUUGUAAACUGGCAAGUGUUGCCAAAUGGGACAGUGAGAAAUCCUAAUGUUGGUAUUUAUGAGUCUCGUACACCAGAUCAUCAUGAAGUCUCUAUAGAUGAAAGUGCCAUUUUGUGGAACACUUUGCACUCCAAGGUACCCAAGUCUGUCUGUAGUGAUAGUUGCCCAACGGGGCAUAGAAAAGUUGCUCGUCGAGGGGAGCCAAUAUGUUGUUAUGACUGUGCCUCCUGUUCUAAAGGACAGAUCUCUAAUCAAACUGAUUCCAUAGAGUGCUAUGUCUGCCCAGAAAUGUAUUGGUCUGAUGAGAAAAGUGAGAAAUGCAUUCCCAAAACCAUCGAGUUUCUGUCUUAUGAAGAAAUACUUGGCACUAUAUUGUGUACUAUUUCACUGUUGAUUUGGCUGCUCUCUGCUUUUGUACUCUGUGUUUUUAUUAGGUAUCGUGAUACCCCUGUUGUGAAAGCAAACAAUCGUGAACUCAGCUACCUUAUCCUUGUGUCUCUCAUGCUUUGUUCACUUUGUUCUUUGAUAUUUAUUGGCCAUCCAGAGAAAACAACAUGCUUGUUAAGGCAAACUGCAUUUGGUUUAAUAUUUUCUUUCAGUGUUUCUUGCAUUCUGUCCAAAACCAUAACUGUUGUCAUUGCUUUUAAUGCUACAAAACCUAACAGCAGGUUACGUAAUUUGGUUGGACAAAGAAUCUCUAAUUCUAUAGUAAUUUUGGGCUCCCUCAUUCAGCUGGUCAUAUGCAUAACAUGGCUUGUAAUCUCUCCUCCUUUCCCAAAACAGAAUUUUGAAGUUGAAGCUGGAAAAAUAGUAGUAGAAUGUAAUGAAGGGUCACCCACUGCAUUCUGGUGUAUGCUUGGGUACAUGGGGGUGCUGUCCACAGUGAGCUUCAUAGUAGCUUUCUUGGCAAGAUCAUUACCAGAUAGUUUCAAUGAGGCCAAGUUUAUUGCCUUCAGCAUGCUGGUGUUUGUCAGUGUGUGGCUUUCCUUCAUCCCAGCAUACCUCAGUACAAAAGGGAAGUACAUGGUGGCUGUGGAAAUAUUUGCCAUACUGUCCUCCACUGCUGGAAUGCUAAGCUGUAUAUUUUUUCCCAAAUGUCAUGUUAUACUAGUGAGACCUGAAUUAAAUACCAGAGAACAGUUAAUGGGGAAAAAGAAUAAUAAACAAUGA